UGUGAUCGCUCCUCAUGUUGCCUACGUUUGUUCAUUCCAUUCCAGGCCAUUUGUGUGAUCGUCCGUCCUUCGGGUCCAGUAGGUUCUGAAUUUGAAGCGGCAGCAGAAAAGGCAGCAGAGGACAUAAAGUGAAUUGAUGGAUUGAGCAGCUGAGCUCUGGAAACAUUUGUCAGUAGUUCAGCUUGUUGGUAUCGGUGCCCCCGCCUGUGUGGGAGGCGCUCUGGAAAACAGCAUGAAAACAAACUGAGAGAGCCUGACGUGCUGCGCGCUCAGGAUGACGGCCCCGCUGCAGGAUGCGCACAGGCUUUCUGUGAAAACAUGGACAGAAGAGGACAGUGACCGUGCUGAGAGCACACUGAGCAGAGGACAAUCGAUAUGUGAUGACACAUCUUCAGAGCUGCAGAGAAUGGCAGCAAUUGAUAGGAGGGAAAUAAACUCCCAGACUUCCUUUCGGGGGCGAGGGGCUUUGUCCAGGAUAGUCAGUAUGGUGAUGACUCUGAGAGAGUGGGCUCAUAAGACUUUAGUGGAUGAAACGGAGCGUCCGGAUUCAUUUUUGGAGCGUUUCAGGGGUCCAGCCAACGGGGAGAUGCAGGCCCCUCCCAGCAGGCUCAGCCUCACAGAUUCUGACGCAGAGACUGAAACCAGACGUAGCAGACGCACGAUGAAGAAAUGUAACUUAGUGGUUUUAUCUCCAUCGGACGAUGUCUACUUCUACUGGCUGAUAGUGAUCGGUCAAGCAGUUUUUUAUAACUGGACACUUCUAGUAGUCAGGGCCUGUUUUGAUGAACUCCAGAUGAGGAAUGUUCUGGUGUGGCUGGUACUGGACUACAUCUGCGAUGGGGUUUAUAUCUUGGAUAUUGCUGUUCGCCUCCACACAGGUUUCUUGGAUCAGGGCUUGCUGGUAAAGGAUAUGCGCCGCCUCAGAGAAACCUACAUCCGCACACUACAGAGUAAACUUGACAUCUGCUCCAUCCUUCCGACUGACCUGCUGUACUUGGUUGUUGGAAUGAGCUACACUCCUCUUCUGCGGUUCAACCGGCUGCUGCGGCUGUCUCGUUUGUUUGAGCUCUUCGAACGAACAGAAAUGAGGACAAGUUACCCAAACACAUUCCGCAUCUGCAAACUGGUUCUGUACAUCCUGGUUAUCAUCCACUGGAAUGCCUGUGGGUACUACAGCUUCUCCAAAGUUCUGGGUCUGGGCUCAGACUCGUGGGUUUACCCCAAUGCGUCGGAUCCAGAGUUUGGAUCCCUGACCAGAAGCUACAUCUACUGUCUGUACUGGUCCACCCUGACACUCACAACUAUCGGAGAAACACCUCCUCCUGAGAGAGAUGAAGAGUAUCUCUUCUUGAUAUUUGACUUUUUGGUUGGAGUUCUGAUUUUUGCCUCCAUUGUGGGAAAUGUGGGGUCGAUGAUCUCCAACAUGAAUGCGACAAGAGUAGUCUUCCAAAAUCGCGUAGAUGCACUCAAGCACUACAUGCACUUCAGACAUGUCAGCAAGGCCCUGGAGCAACGUGUCAUCCGCUGGCAUGACUACCUGUGGACCAAUCAGAAGACGAUAGAUGAGCAAGAAGUGCUCAGGAGCUUACCAAACAAACUGAGGGCAGAGAUUGCUAUUAAUGUACAUCUGGACACUCUGAAGAAGGUGCGUAUUUUUCAGGACUGUGAGGCAGGUCUCCUUGUGGAAUUAGUUCUAAAACUGCGACCACAAGUUUUCAGUCCUGGUGACUACAUCUGUAGAAAGGGGGAUGUGGGUAAGGAGAUGUACAUAAUUAAAGAUGGGCACCUUGCAGUAGUCAGAGACGAUGGCGUCACACAGUUGGCCGUGUUGACUGCAGGAAGCUGUUUUGGAGAAAUCAGUAUCCUGAACAUCAGCGGCAGCAAAAUGGGAAACAGGCGCACGGCUAACAUUCGAAGUCUGGGAUAUUCUGACUUGUUCUGCCUCUCUAAACAAGACUUGAUGGAGGCACUUCAGGAGUUUCCUCAUGCCAGAACCCAGCUGGAGCAAAGGGGGCGGGACAUCCUGCAGAAGGAGGGGCUUCUGGAGGAAAUUAACGUGUCUGCAGGGGAGGCCUUGGAGGAAAAGGUGGAGAGACUGGAAACCAGCCUGGAUCGCAUGCAGACAUGUUUGGCACGUCUGCAGAGUGAGUUCAGCUCCUCCCAGCUUCGACUAAAGCAGCGAAUGACAGCCCUCGAACAGAACACCCUAGCGGUGACCAACGGCAGCGGCUUCCUGUCUGAUGCUGAUGGGGCUGAAAGCUUUUCUGGUUGUGAAGGUGUACGCAGCGAAAUCAACAUUCGGCUGUAAAAAAAGACUGUUUAUGCUUGUCAUAUAGUGUAAAUACAAAACCCAACAACAUGCGAUAAGGUUUUAUUUUUUCAGUGGCGUCUGUAGUGUGUAAUCAGUUAACCGGUUUAUUGCAUUUCUGUUUUUAUUCUGGACAACUUAACCCGGAAAACCCAUGAAACCAAAGUUUUUGUUGUUUUUUCCACUUUUAAAGUUUUUUCUUAUUCUAUCUAACAUAUUUUUUUUUAGAUCAAUAACUGCUGGUGCCUAAAAUAAAAUACAGCCAAAUUAACUUUAAAAGCUCAGAGGAAUAUUGUUCUUGGGUUCUCCAGGGUACCAAAUACACAAAUACUGUUACUGCAAGUGGCAUUGUGGCAAAGUGGUUGGUGUUCAAACCCCACAGUGGGACGGCUCUGAGUCAAAUCCCAGCUGGGACCUUCCUGCUUCCCUAUGUGUUUCACAGGUACUCUGUCCGAAAACAUGCUUCAUAUUUUGAUUGAUGUUUAUAAAUUGCCCCUAGGUGUGAGAGUGUGGCUCUGUAACAGACUGGGACCUGUUCAGGGUAUACCCCACCUUUGCCCAAAAGCUGCUGGGUUGAUUGGCUCCAGCAACCCCAUGACCCCAGUGAGGUUUCAGAGAGUUCUAAAAAUGUUGCUGAAAAUAAUUUUUUUAUUCAGGACUUUACCAAUUCAGAAAACAAAACAAAAAUAUUAGUUCUUUGACAUUUUUUUCCACACUUUAUGGUAUGUCAUUUGCAUAAACAAAGAUUUGACCCAUUUGGACCAAAAAUCAAUUUGCCACAGUGAGCGUCAAAGCAAAACUUGACUUCUUUCAGUGUUUGCCUUUAAGUUUAAUUUUGUGAAGCUGUCUUCUACCAGUGUUGGUAGACUCUGACUCUGUUUUUUAUGACAACAUGCAUUCUUAAAUACUGGUGUCACAACAAAACAUCUUGUCUUUCUGUGUAUGUUAGAAUGAAAUCAUUUCAUCUUUCUUCAUCUGGGUUUUAAUGAUUAAAAAUGUGUUUUUUUUAUCUCUAAACCAGGAUUAUUGAAUGGAAUAUGUGUUUAGAUAAGGGCGGUUGUGUGAAAGUCCAUAUUUGUGGUAAUAAUAGUGUAAAACACCUGUAAUGUGGUAACUAUAUAACUGCAGGCCCGUUGUCACAGUGACACUGGACCAAAGUCCAAUCCCACAUGGCUCUAAGACAUCAGGAAGUGACUCCUGGAAAAGGUGAAUACUUUCUGUGUGAUGAAGUGUUUCAGAAAUGGAAGGUGAAUUGGUCUCACUGUGCGUAAUGCUGGCAGCUUUUGUGACUCCAGUAUCUGCUGCAGGACAGCCUGGCAUCAUAGAGACCCUCAUACUGGCUGUGCAGCGGCGACCCUGGCUUUUGGGUGUUUACGUCUUUGCUGUUGGACUUCCUGUUGUUCUCUUCAUAAGCUUCAUGUGGCCCGAUAAGAGGUUUGGACCUCCCAAUCAGCCAUAUUAUUACAAGAAGUCUGAUGAUAUUCAGCCAGAUGAUCCAGAAUUUCUGCUAUCUGGAGAGACAACACAUGAAAAAGGAUCGCUUAAUGCUGACAAAUGCUCAGCAAAGCACGCUUCAUCCACUCACAAGAGGGUGGGCAUGACAAACAAAACAAAGUCUAAGGAAUGAGUGACAUAUCCUCUGGUUUUCCUUAGCCUGCAUAAUAUGCUUCACUGAAAUGUAUAAUGCUUUGUGCAUUCUGUAAACAAACUACUCUUCUCAGUUUGUUUUUGGUUAAUAUAGUAUCAUAACUGCUAUAUCUGUACAAAAUCCAAUUACAAAUUAAAUUAUGUCAUAAAAAUAAAGUGGUUUAAUAAAAAUGUA